GCGGGGGAGGUGCUCCCCACAUCCCCUCCACGCUGGCGGAACUGGGCUCUAAGACCAAGAGGAUAGUCAACGCCCGCAGACCAGGCCAAGCGUCGGAGCAAGGCAUGCGUCCUAAGACCCGUAAGAGUCUGUGGUAACCCCUGCUCUGAGUUCCUCGUGAGAUCUCGGGGGUCUUAACGCCCUCGAGACCCGCCCGCGCCCCGCCGGACCCCGGAUUGACUGCUAGUGCUGCGUGUGAGGUUCCACCAGGAGAAGCGGGUGGCGUGGACUGCCAGGCACACAUUUGAUAGAAGAGGCGAAGCACCAAGGACAGUGCCUGACACACGAGGGCACUCGAUAAACACCUACGGUUGUACAGCAUCUGCCUCCUCUGCACAACCCCACCAAAAUGGCCACUUUUGGACACACAUUCCCCUUCUAUGCUGGCCCCAAGCCGACCUUCCCAAUGGACACCACAUUGGCUGUAAUCAUCGCCAUCUUUCUGACUUCACUAAUCAUCUUCAUCAUCAUCCUGCCAGGCAUUCGGGGCAAAAUGAGGCUGUUCUGGAUGCUGCGGGUGGUGACCAGCUUAUUCAUCGGAGCUGUGAUCCUUGCUGCAAAUUUCAGUUCUGAGUGGUCUGUGGGCCAGGUCAGCACCAACAUGUCAUACAAGGCCUUCAGUUCGGAAUGGAUCAGCGCUGAUGUGGGGCUGCAGAUUGGGCUGGGAGGAAUCAACAUCACGCUCACAGGGACCCCAGUGCAGCAGCUGAACGAGAUCAUCAAUUACAACGAGGAGUUCACCUGGCACCUGGGGGAGAACUACGCUGAGGAGUAUGCAGAGGCACUGGAGAAGGGGCUGCCAGACCCCGUGCUCUACCUGGCCGAGAAGUUCAGUCCAAACAGCCCAUGUGGCCUGCAUGGCCAGUACCGCCUGGCAGGACACUACACCUCGGCCACACUGUGGGUGGCAUUCCUCUGCUGGCUGCUGGCCAACGUGAUGCUGUCCAUGCCCGUGCUGGUCUAUGGCAGCCACAUGCUGCUGGCCACAGGCAUCUUCCAGCUGUUGGGACUGUUCUUCUUCUCCAUGGCCACGUCACUCACCCCACCCUGUCCCCUGCGCCUGGGCUCCGCUAUGCUGCACACUCACCGUGGGCCUGCCUUCUGGAUCACACUGACCACAGGACUGCUUUGUGUGCUGCUGGGCCUGGCCAUGGUGGUGGCCCACAGGAUACAGCCCCACAGGCUGAAGGUUUUAUUCAGCCAGAGUGUCGGAGAGCAUGCUGUGCUGGAGGGGAAUCCUGAGGAAGUGGGAUUCCUGAGCCCUCGCUAUCGGUCCACAGCUGAGAGUCCAGAGCCCCAGGACAUUCCUCUGUCAGAGGCUUCCUCUAAGGCACACUGUGAGGAGCACCCCAGAGAGCCCAACUGUGCCCUAUAAGGUUCUUCUCCCUGGUGGCCACCUGGACUUCAUCUGGCUCCAGACUUCACUGAAACGCCCCCACCCCAAUCCACUAGAACUGCCGGCAGGAUGGGCUGUAUCAGGCUCCCAGCCCAAUCUGUGGGUAGAAUAGAAGAAGAGGCUCUACCUAUUAAUGUUAAAAACAAAACGUAACAAAAAUCCCUAAGGUAUUGAACAGACACUGGAGCUGCCCAUAAGCCCUCUUGCCAUGAUAAGACACAGCAGAGGCUGCCCCUGUUUCUGUACGGCAACCCUGCCCUCCUUUGAUGCUUUGUCUCUUUGAGGUGCCAUUUACUGAAACCCAGCUUUGCCCACAUAAUGACAUAUGUGUGUGGGGGGUUACAAUGUGAUGCUCCUACGGUCCCUCUCAUCCCCCUGCAUCUCUUGUGCUCCUUUUUCCUGGGUCCCUUUUGUUCUUCCUUUACUUCCCCAGCUUGUGUGAUCUCUCAGUACAUUGAAAGCACUGCAAGGGAGAAGAAACCAAACUUCUUGUCCCAGGUCUAAUAUUAACUGACUCUGCCACAUCCUCUUGGAGCUACAGUUCUCAAAUUUGCCAAAUAAGAUUGUAGGACUUGCCAACGACCUGAAAAAAAAUCCAAGGAUUUACAUUUUUAUGCCUUGCUGACAUCGACCUUGGUCAUCAGACACUACCCCUUUAGUGAAUAAACUGAAGUUAGUGAAUAA